AUGGAAGUAGUGCCUUGGAGGCACUGUUACAUGGGCUUGCUACUCCCCAACAAUUUCACACUCAAUCCUCUACGAAGUAUACAGCAGUUUCCACUGUCAUCCUACGGCACCAACAUGACGCGCCUCGCCCCCGUCGUUUCCCUCUCCCACGGUGGUGGCCCAAUGCCUUUACUAGGGGACCCGUCACACAAGGAGAUCACGAACUCGCUCAAGACGAAGGUGCCUCGAAUCCUCAAACUAGGCACAUCAGAUCAGCCAAAGGCCAUCGUUCUGGUUACAGCACAUUGGUCCACGAACAAGGUGACUAUCUCUAGCGGCUCAAAGUAUGGGUUGCUCUACGAUUACUAUGGCUUCCCUCCCGAGACGUAUGAAAUCAAGCAUAACGCGCCAGGGAGUCCAGAAGUUGCGGAACUAGUAGAGAAGGCGUUGAAAGACGCAGGUGUGGAGUGCAACAAGGACACUGAACGAGAUUGGGACCAUGGCGUCUUCGUUCCCAUGAAACUCAUCGACCCCAAAGCGAAGAUUCCCAUCGUCCAGCUCAGUGUCCUCGCGUCCGAAUCUCCCGCACAAAGCUAUGCCAUCGGGCGCGCCCUCUCCACUCUCCGAUCCCAGAACGUAGCGAUCAUCGGGUCUGGCUUUGCUACCUUCCACAACUUGCGCCUCAUGUUCUCUGGCACGUCCGAUACUCCUCAGUUUAAACAACAGAAUGUGGAGUGGAGCAAGGCAGUCACGGACGCGGCAAUGACAAAUAAUGAUGUGGAGAGGGAAAAGAAGUUCACGCAGUGGAGGAGCUGGCCAGAGAGCUUUGUGAUGCAUCCCAGGGGUGGCGCGGAGCAUUUUCUGCCGCUGAUCGUAUGUGCAGGAGCGGCGGGGGAGAGCGCGGGGAGAAAUUACGCAGAUGACUUUCGGGGGUUGGAUAUGUGGAGUUAUUACUGGGAGUAAGCGUAGGAAAGUAAUGAGAAAUGAACAAGUGGGUAAAUGCAUUGACUCGAUGCGACGCUCGAGAAUACAUGCUUGGUGUGUUCUCACGAUCUAAUUGGGAUCAACAAGCGGAUCGACCUGGAAAGACUGGCCAGAACUCCUGAUUACUAUAUAUAACCGAUCUAAAUGUUGCUACAGUGAGCUUUUGCGAACACGAAAACAUCUUCAAGGCUGGUCCCCUCUCCUAUCCAGUCCUGCCCCAUCAAGCACCGCUUACAAGGCCAUGACACCGACAAAUGCAGCCGCAACACCAGCACCAACCACCUUCACGACCGAACUUGGCGCAGCAGCCGUGCUCUUGGCCUGAGACCCCGAGCCUGUCGGGUUUCCACUCGCACCAGACGUAGGAGUGGCGCCAACAGCCUCGUUCACGAUGCUCUGCACGCGCGCGUUGUUUGCGUCAUAGUAGCUCUUGACGUUGCUUG